AUGAGUGGCAAGCCGAGUGCGACCGUGCAGGCGGCCUUCGGGCUCUUCGACGACGACAGCAGCGACGAGGAGGUGGCUGCGCCCGUCGUGCAGCCGCACGAGGUCGUGCACAUCGUGUCCGCAUCCGCUGCGGCUUCUUCCAGCGCGAAGGAGGCGGAGGACGAGAAGACGCAAGUCUCGCGCAGUCUGUACGCGCCUUGGGACGACGUCAAGCCCCUGGCGGUGGGGCCCAUCGACCUGGCCACCAGCUUCAAUGGCGUCGGAGGAUCGCGAGGCUACGUGGCCACGCGCGACCUGCAGCCGGGCACGCAGGUGCUGGUGGAGCAGGUGUAUGUGCCCUGGCCCAGCGAUGUGGACACUUCGGACCCGGAGUUCUUCCUGGCCACGAUGGAGUCGGUGCUGUCCAGACCCGACUACGCGGACAUCAUGGGCCACAUGAGCCACCUGUACCCGGAGAAGCUGAGCGAACUGCCCGAGGAGCUGUUGGCGGCGGGCAGGGAGAAGUACGGCCCGCAGGUGGACGAGCUCUGCAGGAACUUCAGCGAGCUGGCGCUGGUGCACGACCAGGUGCUGCAGAACGUGUUCGCUAUGCAGUGCAACGCCUUCGACAGCGGAGUUUUCCUGUACAACGCCAUGUUCAACCACGACUGCAACCCGAACUGUGUCAAGUUCACGCCCGAGGACGCUGGAGCGGAAGGAGGAGUGUCGGAGGUGCGCGUAGCCAGACCCAUCGCCAAGGGCGAACAGCUCACGAUAUCGUACUUGUACCCGCGCGAGCAGAGUCGUGAGAACCGCCAGAAGAAUCUGUGGGAGCAGUUCGGCUUCGAGUGCAGCUGCGAGCUCUGCAAGCGAGGUGACAGCGUGCUGCCGCCGCCGGCGUCUGCGGCGGAUGAUAAUGACGGCUCCAAGCUUGGGAUGCAAGACCUGGAAAAGGUGCUGGUCGGUGCUGAGGAGAUUAUCAAGACCAACCCCGAGAGCGCUGCUGCGGCUCUGUCGGUAGCGCUUGAGACUCUGUCGGACGCACUCGAAAUCGUGGCCCACGACCACUUGGUAUUUAUGCGCAUCCACAAGCUGGUAGCGGACUCGUGCGACCUGUUGCUGCGAGCGAAAACCGAGCGGGUGUGUGAGUACUCGAUCCUGUUCCUGCGUAGCAGCUAUGAGCUGCUCGAGCUGCAGCGAACGUACCUCAACGCAGACCACAUUGACCUGGCGCGAACGCUGAAUGACGUGAGCCAGGGCAUCCAGUUGCUGCUCUCGUACGACCCGAAGGUGCUGCUCACAGAGUUUCCGGAGUGGAAAGACUUUCGUCAGGCCUCGGUGGUGGAGAACCAGUAUCGCCAAGAGUAUAGACGGCUAAAGCGGAUGUACGAAUAG